UCAAAGUUGAACAUCGCGGCUCAUUAGCAGCGGCUAACAUGUAGCGAGAGCCGCUCGAAUCUUGCACUACGUUUAUUUUUGGGCCUGUCCAGGUCCAGUUGCAGCCAAUGGGGAUGAUGAGCGUCUAAAAGCGAACUUCGCCCAUCAGCGCGUGUGAUAGAUAGAUGUUUUUGUCUACUUCCUGUUGUCGUGCCAGGGGGCCUUCGAAAGGACAGGACUCAUGUUUACAUGUCCAUAUGAUAUUAAUCAUAUUAUUAAUAGGUCAACUCUUCAAGUCGCUUUUGGCCUCACGUUGAUGCUGCGGUGACUCUCAAAAGUUUUUUUUUCCACUAACUGUCUUAAUUGAAAAGGUCUUAUUUUAAAUAUUACCUACACAUACGCAGAUGUGUUGUUCAAAACUAGUGUGUCCUUUUAAGGGGAAGAAAUCAUUUUUGUGUUAUUUACCGUCGGUAACUUUGACCAGCCUAUUUUAAUGCUGACUCAAACUUUGUUUACAUUUGGGAAGCAGUGGAGAUGCAUGUGUGUUGUACCGUCUGAAUUGGGUCUUAUUUGUGACUGUAAAAUCUGAAUUAAAGAGGAAAGUGUUUUCCUGUUUGGGGAUGUCUAAAGGGCGCCAUCUAGUGGCCGCCAUAACAAAGGAAAAACGUCUUUUUACCUGGAGCAAUUCCUGGAAGGAACCUGUGGCAUUUACUGGCUCGUUUCCUUAAUGUAACAGCAAUCUCCCUUUUUUUUCCCCAAUACAGUCCUUUUUUUUAAUGCCUUAAUGCGUCAUUUGACUUUUGGGAGCUUGCAGCUCCGCCCUCUUUGUCUCUCCUCCUCUGCUCUUCUCUUCAUGACUGCACACCACCAACAUUUUGAUGAAUGCUUUUUGUGUCUUUGCAUGGCCGUCAUGAUCUGGUUUCUUUAUGGACUGUGCGCGUUAACGCUGCUCCACGUGUCAGCCGCUGUUUUCCGCGAGCUCGCCAUCACCCAGAAGCCGCGCUUCUACGGCGUCAGGCCCGGCCGCUACGUCACCGUCUACUGCGCCUCAUCCCACCAGCACCUGCCGGCCGAGGUGCAUUGGUACAAGGCGGACCGCCAUGACCAAGAAGUCGCUCAAUGGCGCCUGCUCGAAGACGCUAUGACUCGUGAUAAAGACCUCACACUCAACGCCUUCCUCAUCCUCCACGAUUUGAGCUUCGAGGACAGCGGGGUCUACUUCUGUCGCAUCAACAAGACGUGGGGGAGCGGCACUCAGCUGCAAGUUGCCAGGCCCAUCAACCGAGCACAGGCAGUACGUCGAAGCAACAUGAAAGACGCCCUUAUGGUCGUUCAGGGCCUGAUGCUGGCCGUCGUCGUGGCGCUUUUACUUCGCCGUAAUGGCAAAAUGUUGAAAACUAAAGAGCACAUCUACGAGGAGCCCGAAAUCGAACACAUCUACGAGGGCCUGACCAUCGAGGCGUGCGAAGGAGGGGAUUUGUACGAGGAACUGACUGUUUACGCCUCCGCGGAUGACGGCGCCGAGGCCCCGUGGGAGUGACGUCACGGUGAUUGUUGUGUGCGUGCUAUCAGUCAAAGAAAUACAAUGACAUUUUAUUAUACUCAAAAAUAUUUGCUUUAAAUCCAAAUGUAAAUUCACAGUGCAUUAUAGCUUCUCAUCUAUCUUCUCCCAGGCCUCCGGGCUGUUCUUCUGCAGACAUUGUACGACAACUACUUAGUUUUUAGUAUUUGCAUAAACAUAUUGAUUUACUAUAGAUAAACUAACAUUUUGCAUUAGGACCUCACUUGAAAGUUUCUUGAAAUAAAGCUCCAGUUUUUUGUUCCAGCGUU